CCCAGUCGGCAUCCGACCGUCGGAUACCAGAUCCGGAAUCCGGGAUCCGGAAUAUCCGGAUAUUUCCGGGAGAUGCAGGAUACGGGCGCAUCAUUCUACCAGCUACCAGUCUCCGAUCUCUAUCUUCUUCCCCAUAACAUUAUCCCCCACAGUCCCAUCGCAACAAUUUACGUCCAUGCGCGACCAGCGCGACUGAACCGGGAACCGGCAAAAACAGCGGCUCCUAUUCUAUUACUAUUCAAAUCGGAAAAAAAAGUCUUCUGAGAGACUCGCUCAGUUGGAUAAAUAAUACAGUGACUUGGCAUAAUCAGUCUUAGAUAAUAAAUAGCUAUCAGUAGCUGCAUGAGUGACGAAAUAAAGUAGAUAAGCGUUCGAGCGACUAUCACGAUCUACCGAACACCUUCCCAAUCUUUACGAAACGCGACGUCGUGCAUUUUAGUAGUGAAAAAAUAUCUGUGGGUCUGUCAACAUCAUUUAACUGCAUCAUGAAAAAAAUCAUUAUAUUUGGUAGCACCGGUAUGACCGGCUUAUGUACCCUUGAAUAUGCUGUGAAACAAGGUUUUGAAGUCAGAGUUUUUGUACGAGACGAAUCAAAAAUUCCGGAACAUCUUCGAAGCAAGGUCGAGGCUGUCAUAGGCGAUGUAACCAAUAACGAACAAGUUUCAAAGGCAGUUGCUGGUACAGAAGGUGUUGUUGUUGUCCUCGGAACAAGAAAUGACUUGAAACCAACAACGAUGAUGUCUGAUGGCAUCAAAAAUAUAAUCCAGGCAAUGAAGACUCACAGUGUUAAUGUCAUUUCUGUCUGCUUGUCUGCUUUUCUUUUCUACAAGCCGAACGAUGUGCCUGCCAUAUUCAGAGAUAUCAAUGCAGAUCAUCAAAGAAUGUUUGAUGCUGUAAAAGAGAGCGAGCUCCAGUGGAUCGCAGUUCUACCUCCUCAUAUCGCAGAUUCACCAAGUGCCGGUUACCAAAUUGAGCACGACAAGUCACCGGGUCGAAUGAUAUCGAAACACGAUUUGGGAGCUUUUCUGAUCGAUGCUCUCCAGAAACCGGAACAUUAUCGCAAAGUUUGCGGAAUUACUUCGUUAUCCAAGUAGUAGAAAUGAUGAACGAUCGGUACAUGAAAAGCUGAUUCCGCAACAAUUAAUGUAGAUAUACAUCUGUUAUAUAUACCCCAAUUACUAUAUUUUGUUAUGAUUGUAUUUGAAAUUUGGUUCAUAAACGUUCAACCAUAAAAGUAAA